AAAUCACCAACAUGGUGCGGCUGUCGUCGUUGCCACCGGGAUUGCCGGCUGAUCUUGCUGGCGUCGCUCCGUCCAUGGCGACGGUUGCUGUGGCGCAGGACGCGCGGUACCUCCUCGACGCCUCGGGCAAGUCGGACUGCAUCUACCUCCACAUUAGCAAUCUCGCCUACCCUGCCGCGCUGCUCUGCGACGACGGCAUCAGCGCGGCAGACGCGGCCUCGUUCGCACUGUCGGCAAGCGCUUCCGGCACCGCAACUCCGACUGCGGCCGCCUCGCCUGCCCACGCCCAAGCCAUGGCCUACGCGCAGCAACAGCAGCAGCAGCAGCAGCAGCAGCAACAACAACAACAACAACAGUCACCCCUCAGCAGCAGCAUCAGCAGCAGUAAUAAUCGGCGACAGUCCAUGUCGUCUGGAUUGGCGUCCCCAGCAACACCGGCGUCGGCCAGCUCGCUGCACACGCAGUUCUCGUUCUCGCCCUCGCACCAGCAGCAUCAGCAUUACUCGUCGUCAGCAUCCGUCUCCCAGCAGCAGCAGCAGCAGGGACCCCGUGGACUGCACACGUCUGCGUCGACGUCGGCGCUCUUCAACAACAGCAGCAGCGGCCCCGCUUCUUCGCCCCACCCGCACCCCACCGCGACGACGAUGCUGCACCACAGCAGCAGCAGUGGCAGUGUGCAGCACUCUGAUGCAUCACGCCUGUCCCGCUCCCAUCAUCAGCACCCUCACCCUCACCCUCACCACCAUCAUCCUCAUCAUCAUCAUCUGCUUCAUCACAAUCAGACUCAGAGCGGCGGCCCAACAACCUCAUCAAUCAGCUCGCCCGCCACCCCGUCGUCCGCCGCAUCGCACGCCGCAGCAGCACUCGCCAUCGCUGCAGGAGGUCCCCACGGCCUUAUUCCCGGCUCUGUGAUGAGCAGUGGCAGCAGCAGUGGCAGUGGCAGCAGUGGCAGCAGUGGGAGCGCGAAUUCGCACACUGCCGCAAAAGGCAAUCUGGGCAGCAAUGUGGCAGCAGCACAUGGUGCACCACCGCCCUUCCUCAUUCCCAAUGCUGCUGCUGCUGCCUCUGCUGCUGCCACUGCUGCACCCCUUGCGAGCGGAGGGGAGCUUCCUGCUGCUGCAAUGAGCGGCAGAUUGUCCUUUUCGUCGUCGCCGUCGCCGUCGCAUUCCUCGCAUUCCUCGCAGGCUGGCAGCAGCAUGGCCAUGCAUUCCAAUAACAGUGGCAGCGGCAGUGGCAGCGCGAAUGCAUUGAACGGAAGCAAUGGCAGCAUUAACAGCGCGGGAUUGCCGUCGUCAGUAAUCCACAACAACAACAACAGCAGCAGCCAUAACGUGCGCAAGGCAGUCCAGCGAUCCGCGUCGCUGUCCCUGUCCACCAUGUCGCGCGACUCGGGCAUUGAAAUUGUGCCGCACUUUCGUGGGAAUGUCGGCAGCAGCAGCAGCAAUUCGGGCAGCCAGGCGUCGCUCGUCUCGUCCAUGACACGCGACUCGCGCGACUCGGCCAUUGCCGCGUCGUCCACGUCCAUCAACUCGAUCUCGUCCGUCACCUCGAACGGGUCGCACGGCUCGUACUCGAACUUGCACCAGCAUUUACAGCACCAAUCCCUGCUUCAGCAGCAGACGCAGGCGUCCGCCCAAAUGUCCUCGGGCCCGACUCGACAAUCCUGCAACGAAGCGCUGCGUGCGCACGUCUUUAUCGCCUCGGGCAUGAGCCUCGGCGUCGAGGCCAAGAACGUCCAUCGCGAAAAGUUCCUAGCCGAGCUCGACCUCUUUUGCGAGCUGGUUCGCGGCCACCGACCCAAACUCGCUCUGUUUGUCUACCACGGGCUUGCGUGCCAUCUUCAGGGCGAAAACUACCUGCUGCCAGUGCACGUCAAGCCCUCGUCCUUGAGCGGCGGGCCCGAGGAGCUUGCCAAGGUGGCCAUCCCGCUCGCCGACAUUAUCUCGCUGAUUUCAGAGUCUGCCGGCCCCGACACGCAAACCGCCAUCAUCCUCGACGCGUGCUAUGCCAGCAACCCGCUCAAGGUGGUGCCCGUUGGCAUCCCGAGCCCGAUGCCGAGUGAAUCCUCGACGCCCACCUCGCCCGCGCCUCCAACUCCUCCAAUCUCUGUGAUGCGUCGUGCUUCCAUCUCGCUUCAAGCAGCGCUCGGUGCUAAAUCGGCAGGUCUGGCCGGGCUCGAGCCGCCGACUGCAGCGCUGUGUGCCAUCAAGGCGCUCCCGCCGGGAUUUUUGGUGGCCUUCUCUUCUCAGCCUCGCACGUCCGUUCCGCGCGGCUCGCUCUUCUACCCGACGGUACUCGCGCAGCAGCUCGGAAGCCCCGACAAGGGCAUCGCCAAGGUGCUGUUUGACACGGCCGCCGUCGUCGCUGCCGACACGGAAGGCUUGCAGACGCCGUACAUGGUGCACACCCUGUCCCAGGAUGUCUGCCUUUGCCCGUCUGGCACUGGCAAGAGCGAGAUGGUCAGCAGGGAGCUGCAAAAGUAUCGCACGCGCACAGACAAGAUGGCCCAGCUCGAGCAAAUGAUGCUGAAAAUCUGCGACGGUGCCAACCGCAGCGUCACGCUGCGUAGUUCGCCUUCUUCACGCGGCUCGCUCAUCAGCACUCGAAGCGUCCCGAUCGACGAGGAUGGCGUGCUUAUGGGAAGCGGAGCGAGCACUCCCGAGCCGUUUGCAUCACGCGCUUCCAUGACCUCGAUUCACUCCAUGUCCGGCAGCACUGGCGCUUUGAACGCGUUCGGCGCGCCGGCCUCUUCUGGCGGCGGCGGCUCCUUUUCGCCAGCUGGCUCGCAGGCGUCGCUUCACCAAGAAGACACUGAUAUUGUGGAUGAGCGAGCGGAUGUUGCUGCGCGUGGUGGAGGCUUUAUGCGUCGGAUGUCGUCGUCGCGCCUUUCGCAGCGAUUGCUGGCCCCGCUGCGUCGGUUUUCAGUGAGUGUCUCCAGCAGUCCGGACAAGGACAAAAUGGAUGCCAAUGCCGCCGCCAUGGCUGCUGCAUCCGCUGCGCACGAGGACGAAGAAAAGAAGCGCAGAAAGUCGUUCAGUCGCGGGCGGAGCGCCAGUACGUCUCAGUUCCAUGCUCGCUAGGCGUGAAGUCGUUCAAAUUGUGUUUGUGCUUGUGUGUUGUUGUUGAACAAGUUUGUUUUUGACGUGUAGAAACGCUUUUUGCUGGAUGUUGUUUUCGUCCCGUUUUUGUUUUGUUUUGUUCUGAUUGACCACGCAGGUUCGUGGAUUUUUUGUAUGCUGUUGAAAUGUUGAUGAAUCUAGAGAUUAUUGUUUUUUGUUGCAUUGGAAGAACGUGUUGUGGUCAAACAGAAUGAAUAACCAUGACA